UCAGACCCGGGCCCCCGAACGUGGCUUACAAGAAUGAUCAUGUAAAGAGCCGCAUUUUCUAACUUUUAGAAAAGUUUGAAGAACCACUUAUUGUAGGAGUAUUAGUCUGUUCUAACCCUAACAGUUUUUUUUGGGGCAUUUUUCUCAGCUUCAUCACAUCUUUGAGUCCCUCACUUCUUUCCUGCAUACCCCUCUCUCUCUCUCUCUCUCUCUCUCUCUCUCUCUCUCUCUCUCUCUCUCCCCCCCCCCUCUCCCUUCGUCCUUUUCUUCUUUGCACUGCUGUUCCUGGACUGAUUUAUUAGACCCCGUGCGGCAGAGCUGGUGGGAAAGCACCGGGCUAUAAUUGUCGGCUGCUGAGGGUUGGACCUGCUUCACGGUGAUGACUCUGGAUUCUCUCUUUGGGUUUACCUGCUCACACCUGCGCCUCCUGCCUCCUCAGCAUCUGCUUUGCUCUGAACGAGGGAGCAGUGGAGCCCUCUUGUAGUAUCAUUUUUCUACUGUCAGGAUAAAUGGACUUCACCUGUGAGAACCGAGAUCAUUGAAUUGAAUCUGAAGCUCCUACCAAACUUUGCAGUUCCAUCUCUCUGCCAACACAAACUUUAAGUUUUCAGAGUGACUUUUCCUUGGCUGACAAGACCGCCUUGGUCAAGAGUGUUUCAACCACAGAUGCCAAACAUCUGGCAGUCCUUCCGAAGGUUUCAGAGUUGAAGAAAUACUUUGAAGGAUCUGUCAAACAGGAUUUCAGUAUGAACAGGAAGGAGAGGAUAGCCCGGCGGCUGGAGGGGAUUGAAAGCGAUGCUCCGCCUGCUCUGGUGCCCGGUGGUUUGGUAGCCAACAGAAUGCUGGAGGAGGAUCCUCCGCGAUACACCCGCGCCUCUGAUAACUGUGAGCCAUGUGUGAUGGUGAGGCGCUACAGUCGAGAGGAGCUGGAGUCCCCAAAGAAGCAGCCAGUACCUCAAGACAGAACACCGCAGGUCAAAGGUGGCGUUGGCAAUGCACGUCAAGAGCCAAUGUUGGUUUAUGUUGACCCAGUGACGUUAUCCACCACUUCUACACCAACAUCUGGUUCCGCGGACCCCGCAAGCCUCAGUUCCAAGGCUGAGCGCAUUGCACGCUACAAGGCCGAGCGCCGCCGGCAGCUUUCAGAGCGUUAUGGCAUCCAACUGGAUCAGGAGUUGGAUAUUGAUUACAAACCACGCUAUCGUUCACGGCGUGAUCCAGACGCCUCUGACCGACAGACAGCUGUCUCACAAGAAAGAAUCAAACAGGAAGCAGAGGAAAAAGAACAGGACCCAAGGGUGCCGUACCGUGCUGGAGUGGGCAGGGUUUACAUGAGGACUCACCCAGAUCCUGCAUCUGUUUCUGCUUCCAGCCCCGCCCACUCAACCCAGGCCCCUCCCCCGACACAAGAACGCCCGAGGGGGUUUUCGGAGAAGGAAAGAGCGAUGAACAUGGAGAACUACCGGCGAGGCGGGGCUCAAGAGCGCUCGGCAAGAAGUAGAACCCAGGAGAACCAUCCGCUCCCGGCCCAACAGCAGCAACGACUCCCCCACCACCAGGACGCCGCCCACCAGGAGCCAAGCCCCGCCUCCACCAGGGAUUACAGUAUCGCAGCAGUACCCAGCUCCCCUCGCACUGCCCGCCGGGCCUCCCUGCCCUCCACUCGCUAUGGCAUCUCACCUGGGGAUUUAUUCAUAGAGCAGCAGGCCCAGAGCAUCCUCAACAGGCAGGGACUCCGUGUAAGGGAACGAUUGUCAAGGGAUGAAACUGCCCAGAGGCCUCCUGACUGGAGUCCAGACAGGCACCAGGCUAACAGACAGCGUAUGCAAGGAAACACUGCUCAGUAUGCACCACAGCGCUCAGAACCCAACCAGCAAAGGACUGUGGCCCAGCCUCAGCCAAGCCCAGGCCACCGUCCUGCCCAUGGCCAAACAGCCUCCGUUCCUUCUGCUCCUGAGUACAAACACUCCGGCCCUGCUGCUGACUCUCAGCCCUAUUUGGCCAUCCCCGCCCCAGUGGCUGCCGCUAGAUUGUCAGGACCUCCAGAGGUACAACCAAGAAGGAGAGUAAGUGCUGACCAAAUCCAUGCUGCCCACAAGGAGGCAAGAUUGGAGGCCAAGCAGGUCCUGAAAGAAGGGGUCCAUACAGAGGGCCUGCUUAAGAGCAGGAAAGCUGUGUUGCCCUCAGAGAUCCGCCGAAGGGAGAAGAGUGUGGAUGAUCCCCACAGGGGCUAUCUUGAAGACAUGGACUGGCAGAACUACAGCCAGGAAAGGAGGAGGAUGAGCCAAGGAGAGGAAGACUGGGAUCGGGAGAGGCCGAGGGAGCGAGGGAGGGAGAGAAAUGUUGAGAGGAUCAGAAACAGAGACAGCCAUGACAGCCAAGAGGAGAGGGUAGUUAGAUCUUUGCAGCCUUCCCACUCCUCCUUACACCAGCAGCCAAGGCAGCAUCAGCAGUCAGAGCCUGUGUACCAUCAAGAGCCCCACACACACCCACAGUAUGAACCCAGGCAGAGACAACAUGAACCUCAAAUUCAACAGCAAGAUACUCAGAGGCAGAACCAGUACCAACACUCGAGACAGCCUCAAGAGGCUCAAAGACCACAGCAGUCUCAAAGACAGCAGGAGUACGACCUCCAAAGACAGGAGCCGCCGAGUCAGCAGCAAUACUCCCACAGAAAACCACAAGAACCCCAGCUGGUUGAAGAUGUAGUGCCUCAGAGGCAGCAGCGGCAGCAGCAGCAGCAGCAGGAUUCAUCAGGGCACCACAGGGUCGACUCCGCCGUCUACCUCCAGAAGGGUUCCUCUUUGCCUCAGGCCAAACAAAGAAGCGUGGAGAUGGCCGGAGGUCUCAAACCCAAGAUACGUACCCGCUCCAUGUCCGAUAUAGGUCUAAGCCAGCAUUCUGCCAUGUACCGCAUGGAGAGGGCAGCGGCCAGCAGAGAGACAUCAAGGGCAGUGCCUCCAUCGGGGGUGGCUAACGGAGAAACGGGAAACCUGGACACCAGAGUGUCUGUAGCACAGCUGCGACACUCUUAUCUGGAGAAUGCAAACCGGAAACCUGACUUUGAGACUACUAAGGUGGAUCUCUCAGCCGUGGAGGUGGAUCCGGCCAACGGCGGCGGCGAUCGGGACAAGAACGCUCGGAGGCCUCGGCGCUACAUCACUCCAGGAGACAAUCGCACGUCGGAGAGGUUCAGGACCCAGCCCAUCACCUCUGCAGAGCGUCUGGAGUCAGAUAGGUCUCGUUUAAGCCCAACACAGCUGCAGGAUGUUGAAGAUGAAGAAAAACUGGAUGACAGAGCCAAGAUGAGUGUGGCUGCAAAGAGGUCUCUCUUCAGGCUGGAAUCGUGUCCAGAGAUACAGCAGACACGUGUGUGUGUAAUUUCACAAGAUAUAUACCUGCAGGAGCUGGAAAGGACAUCAGAUGGAAGUGUUCCCAAACCGCGCUCGAGAAACGCUGCAGUAGAACGGCGUCUGAGAAGAGUUCAGGAUCGCUCACACACUCAACCUGUCACCAACAGGGAGGUGGUCAAUGCUUCAAGUGAUCCUGCUACAUCAUCACAACCACUGGGCAUCAACACUAAUGCAACCCGAGUCCCAAGCCCCACUGGUUUCAUCACCAGUGUGACCAGUAUAAGCAUUCAGGCCUCAUCCCAGCCAGACUCUGUGGUCCAGGAUCAGGAGCAGAAGGAGAUCCAGGAGCAGCAGAAACCAGCUCAAGUUUCCGGCGCUGGCGUUGAAGUAGACGACCUGGAGCAUUUUACCGACGAGCAUGACCUCUCGUGCCUCACCCUGACUGAGAAGAUGGCCCUCUUCAACCGCCUCUCUCAGACUACAGGGAAGGCUGCUGAGGGGGCUCGAGGAGAAACCCGCCAGCGCAGAGCACAAAACCGGUUUCAGACUCAACCCAUUACCCUGGGAGAGGUGGAGCAGGAAGCUGAGCCGCCAGUUACCUCUGAGGUGUGCAACGGUAACUUAGAGGCCCCUCAGGGAGGACAUCUGAAAAACGGCGACGAGAUCAAACUGGAGCCGUUGUCAGCCUCCCUGGUCCGCUCUGUAGCAGCCGUCACCUCCAAAGCCUCCGUCACUACAGUUCCCAUCACGCCAGGCAGCGGUGGUGUUACCGAUGAUGGCAGUCUCCAUCCAGGGAAGUCCACCGCCACCGCCGCCCCCUACAUCCCUGUUCAACAACAGGCGUCAAGUACCACAAACCACCAGGAGAGGGCGUUAAGGUAUUUCUCCAUGAACCAGAGUGGGGACCAUGCCCAACCAGACGCUGAGCUCAACUCCACCCCCGUCCUCCCUGAGAGCCAAGAGCGAGUGGGGGCUCCUCUUGCUCCCACCUCCUCUCCUAGUCACAGGCAGCAGGGGGAGACAGCGGAGGUGGGCUGGAGAGAGCAUCAGGAAGAGGAGGUUUGGGGGAGACAGCAGGGAGGAGCCAGAGAAGAGAGCCAAGACGGUACUAUUAAGGAAAAGCUCCACUCCCCUGACAGGGAAGGCAGGCAGCGGCAGCAGCAGCAUCCCCAUCCUCAGCCUCAGCACAGGAGGGGCGAGUCAGAGCCUCUGCCCAGCUGGAGAGCCGCAGACGGAGACUCCCAGGAGAAUAGGGACAGAGCUGAGAGCGGAGGAAGAGAAAGAGGAGGAAGAAGAGGAGACUACCUGAGAGAGACCGCUCACAUCGCCUCCACACAGGAGCCGGAAAGAAACAGCACCAGGAGUCAGGCUGGCAUUUCAGACUUGCCGGAUCAUCCCGCUCCACUGAGACCACUGGUAGCGAAAGUUUCAUCCAGAACAGUUUCUCACAUCUCAAGCAGUCAGCCGCACACACACAUCCAACCUCCUCCAACUCUUCCUAAACCCUUCACACAGCAGCCGCCUCCAACCCCACCCAAGCCUUCACUAGACCUCCAACCCCAUCCGCACUCCCAGCCCCCACCGACGUACCCCAAACCUUUCACCCUCUCCCCUCAAACGCAGCCCAAACCUCAGGGAUUCGUCCAGCCUCUCCCUAAGCCUUUCUCGCACGCCGCCCCUCCGACUCCGCCCAAACCCCAGGUUCCUCCACAGACGCCGCCCAAACCUCAGUCCUUCCCCCAGUCACUGGUCAAGUCCCAGUCCAUGCCUCUUGACCACAUCGAGGACUUCAGCAGGCACAGCGUCCAUUCUGGAGAUCUGCUGUCCCCCACAGAUUCUGGAGACCAACUGUCUGACGGCAUGUCCAGCAAACAGAUGUCUAUCAAGGAGAGAGUGGCUCUGCUGAAGAAGAGCGGCGAGGAGGACUGGAGGAACAGGAUCAACAAGAAACAGGAGGUGGUGAAGGCGGCGUCCACAGAGGAGCCGGCUCAGCCCAAGGAGAACGAGGAGACAUGUCAGAAAAACGAGGAAGGGGUGGUCGCUCCAGACUGCUCCGCUGUGUCUGUGUCUGAACAGCUGUGGGAGCCUGUCUUCUCUUCCACCUAUUCUCCUCCUAUCCCCCUCGGCCAAAAGUGUCAAUACAUUGAGCACCAUAGUCAGAAAGUGGGAGAGGACAUCGAGGCCCAGAUGACCAUAGAGGAAAGAAAACAGAUGAUAUCGGUUCGUGAGGACGCCUGGAAGACAAAGGGCCACGGAGCAGCCAAUGACUCCACUCAGUACACCGUGGCGGGACGCAUGGUCAAGAAAGGCCUGGCAGCCUCUUCAGUUAUCAGUCCCAUCCUGUCACCGGUCUCCACCAAACUCAAGAGCAUCACGCCGGCUGUCAACAAGCCGCAAGAGGAAAUUGAGGCCAAACCCAACAUGGAAUCAGACAAGAAGCUGGACAAGUUGGAGAGCUUUUUGGGACGUCUGAAUAGCAAAGUUGCUGGUCUGCAGGAAACCACCCUCACAGUGACAGAGAAGGCCGUGAAGGAAGUGAUGAAGCUCGAUGACGAGAUCUUCUCCAAGUUCUACCGACACGUUGCCGAGUUCCCUCGCAUGCCCACCAGGAUCGAGAUCAGCGAGGAUUUCGACUCCAUCUUCGGCUCUCAGUGUCCAAAGUUGACCUCGGCUAUGGUGCAGCAUAAGCGGAUGGUGCGUCCCUCCAGGAACGUUCAGUCGUCCAGAAACCCUCUGAGGAUGCUGGCGGCCAGAGAGGACAUCAGACACGAGUACACCGAGCAGAGACUGAACGUGGCCCAGCUGGAGAGCAAGAGGAUGAAGGCUGAGAAGACAAAUAAAUCCUCGGAGUACUCCGAGGCGGCUCUGGCGGGUUUGGCCAGUAAAGAAAACUUCAGCAGCGUGAGUCUGCGCAGCGUCAACAUCUCGGAGCAGAUGUCCAACAACAGCGCCGUGCCGUACAAGAACGUCAUGCUGAUGCAGAUCAAAGGUCGUCGUCACGUUCAGACCAGAUUAGUCGAACCGAGAGCGUCCUCCCUGAACAGUGGAGACUGUUACGUGCUGGUCACUUCUGAGCACUGCAUCGUCUGGAUAGGAGAGUUCUCAAACGUCAUCGAGAAGGCUAAGGCGAUCGAUUUGGCCACCUUCAUCCAGACCAAGAAGGACAUGGGCUGCAGGGCGACGCAGCUGACGACUAUCGAGGAGGGGGUUAACCCACAGGGUCCAGACACCCAGCAGUUCUGGACAACACUAGGGGGGCAGACUGCUUAUCAACCGACCGGUCCCCCAGAGGAGGAUGAGCAGUUUGAAAAUGCAAUAGUGGAAACCAACUGUAUCUUCAGGCUGCUGGAUGACAAACUGGUCCCCGAUGAUGACGAGUGGGGGAAGGUCCCUCGCAGCUCUCUGCUGGCGUCCAAAGAGGUGCUGGUGUUUGACUUUGGCAGUGAGGUGUACGUGUGGCACGGUAAGGAGGUGACUCUGGCCCAGAGGAAAGUCGCCUUCCAGCUCGCCAAACAUCUUUGGAACGGGAUGUUUGACUACACCUGCUGUGACGUCAACCCGCUGGACCCUGGAGGCUGCAAUGCGCUCAUACCCAGGAAGGGCCAGGGCCGUCCCGAUUGGGCGAUAUUCGGCCGGCUGACGGAGCACAAUGAGACCAUUUUAUUUAAAGAGAAGUUCAUGGACUGGACCGAAGCGAAGCUGCCAUCACCAAAGGAAGUGUGCGAGAUCAUACCUGAGCAGAAGGAGGCCCCUGGGAGAGACUGUCGGCCGUACGACGCCACCCUGAUGCUGCCUGUCCUCCAGUCGCCCAUCGCCACCAUCUUGGACGGUGUAAACGUCGGGCGUGGUUACGGCCCGGUAGAGACGGAGGAUCACAUGAGGCUCCAGGAGCUCAGCACAGCGUCAGUGGACGUGUGGCACAUCCUGGAGUUUGACUACAGCCGUCUGCCGCGCCAGAGCAUCGGGCAGUUCCACGAGGGAGACGCCUACGUGGUCAAGUGGAAGUACAUGGUCAGCACCUCAGUCGGUCGCAGGCAUAACCCCGAGGCGAGGAGCACGGGGCCGGGGAAAGAGAAAUGCUGCUACUUCUUCUGGCAGGGUCGACACUCCACCGUCAGCGAGAAAGGAACGUCAGCGCUGAUGACGGUGGAGCUGGACGAGGAGAGAGGAGCACAGGUUCAGGUGCAGCAGGGGAAAGAGCCUCCGUGUUUCCUGCAGUGCUUCAACGGAGGGAUGAUCAUCCACGCUGGCAAGAGGGAGGAGGAGGAGGAGAACACUCAGAGUGAGUGGCGUCUGUACUGUGUGAGAGGCGAGGUGCCGUUGGAGGGCCAUCUGCUGGAGGUGGCGUGUCACUGCAGCAGCCUGCGCUCCAGAGCCUCCAUGAUCCUGCUCAACAUCAACAAGGCCAUGAUCUACCUGUGGCACGGCUGCAAAACGCAGCUGCACACUCGCAGCGUGGGGAACACAGCCGCACUGAAGAUCAAGGAACAGUGUCCCCUGGAGGCUGGUCUGCACAGCAGCAGUAAGGUGACCAUCCAUGAGUGUGACGAGGGAGUGGAGCCGCCGGGCUUCUGGGAGGCUCUGGGGAGAAAAGACAGGAAAGCCUACGACUGCAUGCUGCAAGAUCCGGGUAAAUUUAACUUCACCCCACGGCUUUUCCAGCUGAGCAGCACAUCGGGGGAUUUUGUGGCAAAUGAGUUUUUCCACCCGUCCAGAGCUGCCGACGUGGUCAGCUCGCUGCCUUUCCUGCAGGAAGACCUCUACAACGCAGCACAACCCGCGUUGUUCCUGGUGGAUAACUUCCACGAGGUGUACCUGUGGCAGGGCUGGUGGCCUCAGGACAGCGAGAGCACCGGCUCGGCUCGUAUCCGCUGGGACGCGGACCGGAGGUGUGCGAUGGAGACCGUGCUGCAGUACUGCAAAGGUGAGGACAACGAGAAGAACGAGAAGAAGCCACAGAAGUCCUAUCUGAUCCACGCCGGUCUGGAGCCGCUCACCUUCACCAACAUGUUCCCGAGCUGGGAGCACAGAGAGGACGUGGCUGAGAUCACAGAGAGGGAGGCGGAGGUGUGUAACCAGAUCAUCCUGGUGGAGGACGUGUUGGCCCGGCUCUGUCAGAACACCUUUCCUCUGGAUCAGCUGCGAGCCCGGCCGCUCCCAGACGGAGUGGACCCGCUGCGUCUGGAGAUCUACCUGUCGGACCAGGACUUUGAGAAAGCUUUGGACAUGAAGAGAGAGGAAUACGAAGGUUUACCAGGGUGGAAGCAAGUGAACUUAAAGAAGGCCAAAGGACUGUUUUAAAGCAAGUUUUCAAUUCAAGAUGGCGCGCGAAGGGAAUUAAAAGUGGACGAUGGAGAUGGAGAAACGGGAAAUGUAACCUAAACCUGCUUCGGUGGAUAUUCUGAAUGACGAUGGAUGAGACCGGAGAUGAGCUCCCUCGCCUUGCUUAUAGUCAUGUUUUACCUUUAAUCUGUGUCAGUACAUUACGAUAUUAAACUUCAAACGGUGUAAAAAGAAGGUCAAAACACCUUUUGUACAAGGUGGUGGUGCGUAUGUGGAGUCUCCUCCAAACACUGAAAUCAUGGACUUGCUUACAGAAAUGUGCACACUAGGACGCUUUGAGUCGGAGUGCCAUGCUAUGGGUGUGUAUGUGUGUGUGCGCGGUUGUAUAUAAAGUUUGUAUGUGUGUGUGUGUGUGUGUGUAUGUGUGUGUGUAAUGUUAAUUGUGUAAAUGUGUGUGUAGGUGCGUUUGUAACUUUGUAUCUAUGUAAAAAAAAAAAAACACAUCAUGUCAGAUGUUGUGAGGAAAGUUGUUUUCUUGAGUCGCGAUGGCGUCGGCCGAGUCGUUGUUGCUCGACCUCGUUAAACUGCUGAGGCGGCUUCGACUCCCUGAGAUGUAAGAGUUGUAAUUUUAAAGGUUUUUUUUGCUUUUAUCAGACACAGAGAGAGAGAGAGAGAGAGAGACUGCGGCGUUGAUGAAUCUGAGUGUAUAGUGCCUUGCUUUUUGUGUACAGUUUAUAUACAGAAAAUUCUAGUCUGCAUUUUUAAAGACUUUCUUUGUGAUAUAAGACAUAGUGAAUUAAAUCACAAUAACGCUCAACUUAAA